CGCCCCACCGCGUAUUAUAAGAUCUUCACUCACCUCCUUCUCACUUCCCAUACAAACGCGCUCUAUCACUCUUUUUCUUUCCCUCUUUUGCUCCAUCCACUUUUCUUUCAAACGCUAUCACACUCUCAUCAUCUUUUUCACAAUUGCAAAAAUACCCAACUCAUUAAAGUUCAAUUCUAUUAACAACCCAUAUCACUGAUUUUGCUAAGAUUUUAGUAGAUCUAGAUCCCAGGUUUUGGAAAUUUUCCAUUUUUUCUUUUGCUUAAUGUGGUGUCAUAUUCAUUGAUCUUCAGGUAGACCUAAUUCAUCUGAGUAAAUAUAUUAUAAACAGUAAACAGAAAGAAGGUAUGUCAAGGAGACCCGUAAAUCCUGCUCGCCGACUGGUGGGCAAUGGAGGGUUUCCUCUUGUAGGAGCAUUCCCAUCAAAGACACGUUCGUCUCCUUUGGUGUCGGUUACUCUUGUCACAUUGGGCGUCUUCCUUAUUCUUGGGUAUCUAUACAGUGGCUCAGGUAAAAAGGACGUCGUUAGCAGGAUCGAAGGUGAGUUUUCUGGAACACUAGAACUUCAAAAGGCGAUACCUCUUCUGAAGAAAGCCUAUGGUGAUGGCAUGCACAAGGUUUUGCAUGUUGGACCCGAGACCUGUUCAGUGGUUUCUAAGCUGUUAAAAGAAGAGGAUACUGAGGCAUGGGGUGUGGAACCAUAUGAUCUAGAGGAUGCAGACUCAAACUGCAAAAGUCUUAUGCGAAAAGCCAUUGUGCGUGUUGCUGAUAUCAAAUUCCCGUUGCCAUAUAGAUCACAGUCUUUUUCACUGGUCAUUGUCUCAGAUGCAUUAGAUUAUCUCUCACCAAAAUAUCUGAACAAAACUCUUCCGGAAUUGGCAAGAGUUGCUGCUGAUGGUAUUGUGAUAUUUACUGGUUUUCCUGGUCAACAGAGAGCCAGAGUUACAGAGCUAUCUAAAUUUGGACGCCCGGCUAAGAUGCGCAGUCAGUCCUGGUGGGUGCGUUUCUUUGUUCAGAUUGGAUUGGAGGUGAAUGAAGCUGCUGCCAAUAAGUUCGAGCAGGCUAGCACAAAAUUGGCAUUCAAGCCAAGCUGCCAAGUUUUCCACCUCAAAUCAUUCCAUUGACACUGCAAGAUGGUCAGCCCUUUUUGAGGUGUUUGCUGCAUUCUGAUAUAAGGGUGCUUCAACACAGAGAAUACGCCUUGUGUUGUGUAGUAUUAGUUUGGUGUAGGAUAUGUUGAUUCAAAAUCACCUUUUGUUGUGUUAUCCACGAUUUUACAAACUCAUACACUCAAUAUUGAUUAAUUAAGGUACGAAAUUUAUUUAUUCCA